CCCACAGCCUUACGGACCGAAUCCCUCUCUCUCCGCCGCUACCUCUAGGGCUUGAAAGUUGAAGCCAAACAAGGUUGAAGGACUUGGAACGUGGGUGCCCAAAUACCAUGAAUCACAGCGGGGGCAAAGGUUGAGCAGAAGACUACCAUGCUGUGCUGCACCGCCCUAAGAAAAUGCUGGCAUCUAUGAUUCACCACCACUGCCGCAUAUUACAGCCAACCGGUCCCCUCCAUUGCCUUUCGCCAUGUCCAGACUUUUGACAUUUCGGAAAAUUAGGAGAGUUGCAAGUUCCAUUCUUAAUAACCAGAGGAGCACCUCUUCAGAAGUAGGAAAGUGUCGGGUGGUUGUUCCAGUUGGAUUACAUUUUCCACAGUACAGAGUAUACUCGCAUUAUGUCUUCUCUAGAAGGGGGCAUGCUCCAUUCACAGGUUUUGGAACCAGGAACAGUAUUUGCAAGCGUGGAUAUUCCAAGAAUUUCUCUGCUGUCUCAGCAAGUAAUGUGGCCGCACAUCAUGCCCAAGUUGCUUGGAGAAGGCUUUAUGAAAUAUUCUCUUGCAAUGGCAAAACUUUUCCCCCCUUAGGUAGGAUUGCUCAAGCCGUUAGCUUGGCCUUAAGCCGCUCUCACUUGGUGGUUCCUGGUAUGUUUGCAUUCACAUUUGGAGAGCUUGCAUUAGCUCAGAGACCAUUGGAAUACACUGAUCACUACCCAUCGAGGAAUACUCUGUAUAUGCGUGCACAAGAUGGACAUGCUUAUGUUACCUCAUUACUUUUUUCAGUAUUUGAAGGUGUUGUCUUGUUCCUGAGAGCUCUUUAUUUGGCAAUUCUGUUUUCACCCUGCAUAGUAAUGGCUCCAUUUGCGGAUUCUUUUGGUCAUCAGUUUAGGAAUCUAUGGCUUCAGGUUGUUCAUGGUACACUGGAAAAGGCAGGUCCAGCCUUCAUAAAGUGGGGCCAAUGGGCAGCUACACGACCAGAUCUCUUUGCUAGAGAUAUAUGCACCAAACUGGCAGAGCUUCACACUAAAGCUCCUGAACAUAGCUUUGCAUACACAAAAAAAACUAUUGAAAAAGCAUUUGGUCGCAAUCUUUCUGAGAUUUUUGAGGAUUUUGAGGAGUUACCUGUAGCAUCUGGAAGUAUUGCCCAGGUGCAUCGAGCUUCUCUGAAAUUUCGGUACCCUGGUCAACAAGUCAAGCCUGUUGUAGUUGCAGUAAAAGUUAGACAUCCUGGUGUUGGUGAAUCAAUUAGGAGGGAUUUUCUGAUUAUUAAUUUGGUAGCAAAAAUUUCAAAUUUCAUUCCUACAUUGAGGUGGUUGAGAUUGGAUGAGAGUGUACAACAGUUUGCAGUUUUCAUGAUGUCUCAAGUUGACCUUGCAAGGGAAGCUGCCCAUUUGAGCCGCUUUAUUUACAAUUUCCGCCGAUGGAAAGAUGUUUCUUUUCCUAAACCUGUUUAUCCACUUGUGCAUCCUGCUGUUUUGGUGGAGAGUUAUGAGCACGGUGAGAGUGUAUCACACUAUGUUGAUGAUCUUGAAGGGCAGAAACGGAUCAAAAGUGCACUUGCUCACAUUGGGACUCAUGCUCUCCUGAAGAUGCUUCUGGUGGACAACUUUAUUCAUGCCGACAUGCAUCCUGGAAAUAUCCUUGUUCGGGUAACUCAGAGCAAGUCUUCUCGGAAACAGCUCUUCAAAUCGAAGCCUCAUGUCAUUUUCCUUGAUGUAGGCAUGACUGCUGAACUUUCUAAGAGUGAUCAAGUGAAUUUGUUGGGAUUCUUUAAGGCUGUUGCUCGGCGAGAUGGCCGCACUGCUGCAGAAUGCGCACUCAGAUUAUCUAAGCAACAAAAUUGCCCAAAUCCGAAGGCCUUUAUUAAGGAAGUGGAAGAGUCAUUCAGUUUCUGGGGUACUCCAGAAGGUGAUUCAAUCCAUCCUGCUGAGUGCAUGCAGCAAUUACUUGAAAAAGUUAGGCGUCAUAAAGUCAAUAUAGAUGGCAACGUAUGCACUGUAAUGGUAACAACAUUGGUUCUUGAGGGUUGGCAGAGGAAGCUUGAUCCAGGAUACAAUGUGAUGCAAACGCUACAAACACUGCUACUCAGAGCUGACUGGGCAAAGUCUCUUUCAUACACAAUCGAUGGGCUCAUGGCCCCAUAAGAAGGAACCAUACCGCUGGUCAGCUGCUUAUGAUGUCAGAAUCUGACAUGGUCAAACUUUCAAUGGUUUGUCGCAUCAGUUUGGCCUUUUUGUCUUUAUAUAAUUUAUUUACACAAAUGAUCAUUUAUAACAAGCUGUAGCAACACACUAUUGCAGCAAGGUAAUAAGGGCAUCGGCUGUGGAACUUUUAACGACAUGAGUAGACAUCAACCUCAGCAUCCUUUCCAAUUACCCAGUUAUAUGGAUUUUCAGCUACAACGCAAAAGACAUUUACCAUUUGUUCAUUGUUUUUUAUUUCCAAUUUGUCAACUAUUUCACGAUAACUACCCAGGCUUCACUCUCUUUUUUACUUUAGGGGAAUGAUACCCAAGGCCUUAACAAUAUACAUAAUGAAAAUUAUACCUGGAUCGAUUAUUUAA